GUUGUCAAGCUGCUGCUUGAGACGGGCAAGGUCAACGUUGAUACAGAGGACAAUAGGGGACAGACGCCACUCUCACGGGAGGCAUCGGGCGGCCACGAGGCGGUGGUCAAGCUGCUGCUUAAGACAGGAAAGGUUGACGUUGAUACAGAGGACAAUAGGGGACAGGCGCCACUCUCACGGGCGGCAUCGGGCGGCCACGAGGCGGUGGUCAAGCUACUGCUUAAGACAGGCAAGGCCGGCGUCGAUACAAAGGACCAUGGGGGACAGACGCCACUCUUACGGGCAGCAUCGGGCGGGCAUGAAGCAGUGGUCAAGCUGCUGCUUGAGACGGGUAAGGUCAACGUCGAAGCAAAGGACAUUUAUAAACAGACACCACUCUGGUGGGCAGCAUCAGGCGGCCACGAGGAGGUAACCAAGCUGCUGCUUGAG